AUGUCUCUCGCUCAGCACGUAACACAGAGCGACGGCUUCGACUGCGAGGUUCUACGGAAUGCGACCAACACAUCCCUGGACGUCGACCACGGCCAGACCAUCUCUGGUCCGGUCGAGGAUGAAAAUAAGCCUCCAGAGUGGCGUCAGAUGAAUUUUGCGCCCGUGAAUGAGCUUCAUGAGACGCAAUCCCGAACAACUGCAUACAAGGUAUCAUUUACUAAGAGAUAUGCCCAGAUCGCAACUGGUGUGCUGGCAUGUUGGCUAGCAUCCGGCAUUGUAUUUGGCUUUGCCGCCCUCAAGCCUAUUCUAGUCAAAGAGGGCGUCUACCAUGAAUUAUGCAAAGCCAACGAGAACAUUCCGUGCAUUGCGCAGGAUAUGCGCCUGAACCUUUUCUUCAUCGUUGCCUCCAUCACCGCAAACAUCUCUUGUGUUGUCGCCGGCACAUUAUUGGAUCGCUACGGGAGAAGAACUUGCUGGGUAUUAUCCUGUGUCUCCCUGUCCAUCGGCUCUAUUUUGAUGGCUUUCUCGUUUAAUGUUCCCGGGUUUGAUGGCUACUUGCUGGGUAACAUUAUGCUGAGUCUCGGCGGCACCCUGCUCUUCGUACCCACCUUCCAGCUUGCCAAUGCUUUUCCAAAGCAUUCGGGGCUGGUCAUCGCUCUAAUUACGGGCGCUUUCGAUGCAUCCGCUGCUGUUUUCCUCCUAUAUCGUAUAGUAUAUGAUGCGUCUGGAGGAAGUUUCUCGCUCGACAAGUUCUUCCUAUGUUAUCUCAUUGUUCCCGCUUUCAUUCUUAUCAGCGAGUUCUCUAUCAUGCCACGACAUGCGUAUCAUACCAUUCCAGAGCUUGACGCCAAAAUUGAUAAGGCUGAGGACACUGCUCGUGACAGGCACGACUCAGAUAGCAACAUAUCUGACAAUAACGAACUAAUACGAGUACGCAGCGCUCGUGCGGAUAAGCGCCAUGCAAAGCUGGAUAAACUAGAGGGAGUUGCUGGCAAUGCUGAGCAGCGAGAGUUGCGAAUCAAAGCUGAGGAAAGCCGGCAGGAAGCUAGUGGAGUGUGGGGUGUUCUACAUGGCCUCCCUGUCCAUCGUCAGAUGCUGACGCCAUGGUAUAUCUUUGUUCUCCUAUUGACCAUGCUUCAAAUGCUGCGCAUGAACUUCUUCAUUGCCACAAUUAGAGAUCAAUAUCGUUACAUGCUGGGUUCAGACAUUGCGAGUGAAAAGAUAAACCAUUUUUUUGAUGCCGCGCUCCCUAUAGGAGGUGUGGCCUCAACACCCUUUAUCGGUCUUCUGCUCAAUAAUGUCAGUGUCCCCGCUAUUUUUGGUGUACUGGCAUUGUUUAUCAUGGCUAUCGGGGUCUUGAAUUGUCUUCCAUACGCCUGGGCUGGCUAUGCUACGGUGGUAGCGUUCGUGCUCUUCCGGCCGCUCUAUUAUUCCGCUAUCUCUGACUACUCUACGAAGGUGUUCGGUUUUGCUUCUUUCGGCCGUAUCUACGGCACCAUUGUUUGCCUUGCGGGAUUGGCGAAUUUCACCCAACCUGGUCUCGAUGCCCUUAGGAACAACGUUUUCCACGAUAACCCGACACCAAUAAAUGUCGCCUUGGGUGCCAGCGGAGCUAUUUUAGGAUUUAUUCUAUCACUUUAUACUGAGAUCCAGGGUAGACGGUUCCUUAGAGAGAAAACAGAGGCAGAGGAAGCCAACGAGGCACAGCAUCUUCUUGGGAGAGACCAGAUGAAUUAUGGAAGUAUUCAGGACGACAGUUAG